AUGGUUCAAGCAGGCGACAACCUCGGCUCAGUGUCUCUGUACUGCAAAACCCCAAUACCCUUUCACGCACCAAUUAUUUUUUUAAUUUAUUUAUGCUUUUUAUCAAGAUUCACCCUCUGCCCCUUUGAUUUCCAUUUCACACGCGGAGAAAGAGAGGGAAAGGGUGGUGCUUCAUUCUUUGCAGACGUAGCUAUGGAACGAGGUGAGGGAGGGAGCACGAGGCAAACAGGGAAAGAGGGUGAGACCACGCGCUACAAAGGAAUCAGGAUGAGGAAGUGGGGCAAGUGGGUCGCUGAGAUUCGAGAACCCAACAAGCGUUCACGGAUUUGGCUCGGUUCCUAUUCUACACCAGUCGCAGCGGCGCGUGCUUACGACACCGCCGUCUUCUAUCUCCGAGGACCCUCCGCCCGCCUCAAUUUUCCUGACCUUAUCGCCGUUGACGGUCCUACCGCCGCAGCUUCGGACAUGUCCGCCGCCUCCAUCAGGAAGAAGGCCACCGAGGUCGGCGCCAGAGUCGACGCGCUCCACCGCCAGCACCCACAUGCCCCCUUGGCCGGAGAAUUUGUGGACCGAGUCGACCUCAAUAAGACACCAGAACCUGAAAAUUCGGAUUGUGACUGGGACGGGGAUUAG